AUGGGUUCCGCAAAUGACAUUUGGAUGCUCUUGCGGAACUACUGGCCAGUUUUGCUUGGCAAUACCUUAGAAUGGUACGAGUUCGCCGUGUAUGGUUACAUGGAAAGCUACAUGGAAAAGAACUUCUUCCGUGGGUCGGCCUUGGCGACGUGGUUGGGGUUUACGGCCACCUUUGCUGCGCGACCCUUGGGCGGAAUGUUUCUGGGGAUUUUGAGCGACACGUUUGGUCGGAAGGUGGCCGUGAUUGUCUCCGUGAUUGGCAUGCUAGCAGCGACGGUUGGGCAAGGAUUGCUCCCAACGCCCAGGCUUUGGGGGGACACCAGUGUCAUGGCUGACCUUGGUGUGGGUCUUCUAUUCAGUCUUCGCUUGGUACAAGGGCUCUGUACAGGUGGUGAAAUAGGAGCCGUGACAACGUACAUUACGGAAGUUUCAGCUCACCGCUCCAUGGGGCGCUGCAUCGCAUUCAUCUCGAUAACGGCAAAUGCGGGCUUCAUGCUGGCAAGGCUCGUUGUUUGGGCUUUCCAGUCUCAUUGUGGGGAGGCGAACAUGUUGGAUUGGGGAUGGCGUUGGCCAUUCAUCUUGGCCAGCGUCCCAGGCCUAGUCAGCGUCUGGGGGCGAUUGUUUUGUCUGAAGGAAUCUGAACUCUUCGAGGAAGAGCAUGCUCACUCUCAGCUCGUGGAUAGUGGGAGUGACAGUGAGACAGCUGGUCAGGUUGGUCGGUCCAAAGAGCGUAAGUCCACGAGGCGACAGUUGAUGGAGUUUGCGUGCACCCACUUUUUCGCAGUGAUGAUCAGCAUGGGGGGUGUCAUCUCCUAUGCAGUCUUCCAGUAUGGUGGUCUGGUGUGGGUGAAUUCCUAUUUAAAGAAACAUGGGGCGCCACCCAACAGCUUGAUGCUGGCGGGGACUUGCUCAAGACUAUUCCAAAUGGCGUUGGCGCUUCCGGUUGGUUGGCUUGCGGACAUUUACGGCACUGCCUUGCUGACGUUUGCUGGUGCUUUGACUCAGACUCUUGCUGGCUUGCCACUCUUCAUGGCCUUAGCGGCUGAUCCGCAGAGUGUUGCAAACCUCUUCACAACGUAUACAUUCGGCUAUAGUUUGGUGGCGAGCCUGCAAUUCACAGUCUUCCUGUACUGCUCUGAGCUUUUCCCCACGGCGGUCCGGAAUUUGGGAGUGGGAGUGAGCUACAACAUCGGCUUUGGCAUCUUUGGAGGCUUCGCGCCGCUAAUCGCUGAAGCAUCUGUAGAGUGGAUACCAUAUGGACCAGGAGUGAUGCUCUCCGUGGCAGGCCUGAUCACUUGUGUGACGAUCCUGGCGAGUGUGAGUUGCCAACGUACCGGACGGGUUCAACUUGCACACAUCCGGCCUCGGCCAUACAUGGGCACCUGGGCUGAUGGAGAUGGAGACAUGGCUUCCGAGUAG